GUAAGCGGCCAGAACGACUCGGCGCUCUGUGAGGAAUUAAGCUUCGUGUGCUCGCGUGAAAACAAUAACGCGUGAUUUUUUUCUCUCUCUCCAUCCGUACUGGAUUUCUUGACAAACAACAUGACCUUUGAAGAGCUGAACGGAGAUCAUACUUCUGUCGAAAGGAUGGAUUCGGUCUCUAAAGCCCUUGAGGAAGUCCUUGCCUCUGCCUUGCGCCAAGGCUGGGUUACAGUCGGCGUGUAUGAAUCUGCGAAGGCACUAAAUGUAGACCCGGAUAACGUCGUGCUGUGCAUCCUGGCCACCGACGACGAGGAUGUGAAGGACGUCGCCUUGCAGAUCCACUUUACUCUCAUCCAGGCCUUCUGCUGCGAGAAUGACAUCAACAUCUUGCGUGUGAACAACACCCGGCGCCUCGCCAAGAUCCUAGGAGGAACAGAGAAACAAGGAGGCGAGCAAAUGGACCUGCACUGCAUCCUGGUCACCAGCCCACGUGCGUCUUCGUGGAAGAACCAGGCGUUAUGGAAAGUCCAUCGCUUCUGCCACGAGAGCCGCUGCAUGGACCAGUGGGUCCCCGUCAUCAACCUGCCCGAACGAUGAGAUGAAAAAAAAAAACAAACCUUAACCGGACAAAAAAGACAAAAACAUGUCACAAAAAAUAACAAAACGUUAUAAAACUCCUGAGCGCCGCGUCCCAAGUACACCGGAGCUAGGAACUCGGAUCUCAGCCUGCUCUCAUGGAGGAGGAGGAGGAGGAGGAGUGUUUUACUCCA